AUGGUGAAAGACAUCGACCCCCGUGCGAAGUCUGAAGUCGCGCGACCGACGCGAGCGGCGCACUGCACCGACCGAGAACCUCCUCGCAGAAGAGGUGAUGAUAAUGAUGACGACCAGGAGCACGCCGAAGAGCAGGAGUUGCCUGAGUUGCCGACUCCAUCCCGGAACCCAUUGAGACGCCGCGACACGAUCAGCUUCGAGGUCGAUGACCCAGAGGCUGAGGACCUCGUCCGCCGGGAGUACUACUCCAAAAAUCAGUUCCGGAAGAAGGUCCAAGAGGAUGUUGAUAGCCUAUGGGAACAGCUGGUCCAGCGUGAGGCCCGUUGGACUCAACGUGACCUGCAGACUUCCGGAGAUGCACGUCUGGUUCAGCUUCUGCGGACUGAUAUCGGGCAGCUCAAAGCCACUAUCGUUGACCUAACCCAGGAGCGAGAUGAGGCUACUGCCCACCGGAAUCUUGCAGUUAAUGAACGGAACGACCUUGCUUUCCAGAUCCUUCGAUCCUUGGCACCGACCCCUCAGAAUACUUCUAACCGUCAAGAUCCCUAA